AUGCAGAGCUUCUAUCACCCGUACUUGGCCAACGCAAAGCUGGCAGAGAAGCCAGGCCGGGCCGAAGCUGAGAUCAUGUUCCACCGCGUGGAUGAGCUUCUCGCAUUCCACGAGCCACUCUUGGCGUCGCUGCAAGCCGCCAACUCCUCUUGGCCCCAGGAGUGCCUCUCUUCAAUAUUUCUUCGCAUGGUGCCCCGGAUGGACGUGUUCACGGAGGUGAUUAGGCAACACAGCGCCUCACUUCACGCCAUCAAAACAGCCAAGAAAGUAAAGACGUUCGCGCUCUUCCUCAAGGAAACUGAGGCAAAGCACGGCGACGUGACCGAGCUCAUCAAGCUGUCCCAUCAGCGCAUACCCAUAUAUUCUCAAUUUCUCUCGGCCCUUUCAACGUUGGGGAAGCCCAAUGAAUGGGAUCUCGAGGAGGCUGUGGUUCAGCUCAAUCGCCUCCAGUAUACGCUGGAGACCAGCAAGCGAUUCUCUCGUGACCAAGGCAAGAUCCUGGAACUCGAAGCCAAGCUUGAGAAUCAAGGGCUCGAUCGUUUUUCUCUGGGCGAGACGGGGCGUACGCUGAUCCGCGAGGGAGUGUUGGCAGUCACCGUGCAGCGUGGACUCACCGCGGGGUGGCCUGGCCCCAUAUGCCAUUACGCCUUCAUCCCUAACAUGUCGGCCCAUUUCCUGUUCACUCCAGGAGACGGAAAAAACGGGUUUCAGAUUAGCGCCACGACGGGAGAGUGGACGCUGUACGCCACCACCCCAGCAGAGCGCAAGGGUUGGAUGGACAACCUCAACUACUACGUGCAACAGUGUAAGAAGUACAAAACUUACGGAUUGGCGAUCGAGGAGCUGAUGGAGCGCGAACGAAGCGAGUGUCGACCAGUCCCCGUUAUACUGGAGCAGUUCCUGCAUGCCUUGCGAGCAGACCCUGCGAUCGUGCGCACCGAAGGACUCUUUCGGUUGGCCGGCAGUGCCCUCGCGAUCAAGCAGCUGACGCACAAGAUCGACAUAGGCGAGGCGCUGGACUUUAGCAGCAUCGAGACCCACGCGCUGGCUGGUCUUCUGAAGUUGUGGCUCCGGUCAUUGCCGGAGCCUCUUCUCACGCACGAGCUAUACCAAUCGUUCAUCGACGCUGUUGACGGGAGGAACGAGGUCGCGGCACUGAAGGAUGUGGUGGCGCAGCUCCCCAUCUACAACAAGUACACCCUUCGGCAUCUCAUCGCUUUCCUCGUGGAGGUUACUUCCCAUUCCGAUGUCAACAAGAUGGUGAGCAGCAACAUGGCCAUCGUCUUCGGACCCAAUCUGCUGGUGAAGCGCGGAGCAUCGAUAUACGACUGUUCGGACGUGCACCUGCAGCAGGCCGUGGUGAAAGCCCUGAUCGACAGCUACGACCAGAUAUUCGAAGGGAUCGAGGAAGAGGAGGCGCAGUUCGUGGCGCAGAUGCGGAUAGUAAACGAGGAGAAGCAGCGGCUCCUCGACCAGGAGCGCCGUGAGAGCAUGGCCCUGCGUCCCAGCCUCAGCCUGCGCAUUCCCCGCGAAUCCCGCACGGACGACCUCCGCCCCGGGUAUCGACCCGAGUGGGAGGCCAGCGUCGAUGACCGGGGGAGGAGUGUGUCCGACCCCGUCGUGCUUGAGCGCGAGCAGCAGAGACACCGACGCGAGCGCGAAGAGAAGGCGGAGGCCGAGCGAUUGGCGUACCUGCAGCACAGUCGAACCGCGGGCCAGCACCAACAGGCCGCCGUUGGCCCCCGCACGAUACAAAAUGGGCCACCCGAUCACUGCGUCGUGCAGGGAUGGCCUCAGCACCACCAGCAAGAGUACCAGCAGCACCGCCGGCCGCACGAGGUCACUGCCACCUCCUCCGGGUUCAACAGUGCCAAGGGCGAACACGAGCGAGGAGCAGACACAGCGGCGCGGGGCUACGGGGAGGACUGCGGUGCGAGAGAAGAAGAGGAGAAGGAGAAGCGCAAGAAGAAGAUCCGCCUCAAGAACCGGUUGGCCGAGGUUGACGAGGCCGCGCGCAAGGGCAAGGAGGAACGGCGGCGGCGAAGCGACAAGAACGGCGACAAGCGGCACGAAGAAGCGGAAGAGUGGGAACAGGAGGCGCCCAUUCCGGAGAAGAAGGAGAAAAAGAAGCGAUCAGCCACCAAGAAGAAAGGUAGCAGUAGCGACAACAGCAGCUACCCAACAGGUUCGUAA